GCGGUGGCAGUCAAGGCUCUCGCGCGUCAUGUUCCGGGAGACCACCGCCAACAGAGCCUCGCUGCAGCGAUCUGGAGGCGGAGCGGGGGCAAUGGUGAAGGGGAUCGAUGAGAGGUUGAUGCACACCGUCCCUCUCUCGAAGCAGGACACCAAGGGCAACUCGUUCCUCCGCCUUUGUAACUUGCUAAGCUGGUCCACCAUUCUUGCAGCAACCUUUGCUGUGGUUCUGGACGUGAUACUGCUGCUGGUUGCCGGCAUCGAGGGCGCAGAGGCCACCUUGCACUGCUUUGGGAUCCUGAUGGCUCUGUCGAUAAUUCUGGCGGAACGGGAGGUGGUGUUGCUGCUGAGAUACUGUGCCUUCCUGGAGUCUUGGAUACUCAAGGGAUUCUUCAUUUCUUUCGUGGGUACGUUGCUCAUGGCGUUCGAGCACGGCGGAAUUCUGCUGGACUUGUGGAGAAGGAUAGGGGGUUUCAUCCUCAUCGCUACGGGAGUGCUGUACGUGAUGUUGGGUGCGCUCUGCUUCCGCCAGCUGCGGAGCUACCAGCUGGGAAAAAUCAGACGAAAAAAGAUGAUGAGACAGGAGCUCUUAUCUCUGAGCACGCAGAAGACACAGAUCGAGAAGCUCUUGGCCGACACAGAGUCGAAGCUGGAGCUCUUGUGAAGCCGACCGCUCGUAGGAGGGGCCGGCCGGCUCUCCUCGCCCCCCCCCGAAACCAUUCGGACAGCAUCUUGAGUCCAAAAAGGAGAUCGAGAAAAGAGACAAGUGAUACAAUACAUUGCAUGGAGGACACAAAACCCCUGCUGUCCACCCCUACGGUAGUGCUGUGGUAUCAACACCCACAGACGCUCCCUGCCCCCAGUAAUGAGUGGUUUCGGACGGUUGUCUACCGUUUUUUGGUGUUGUGAAGGGGUAGGAAUGUGACUAGCAGGGGCUGGAGAACGGGAAAGAGAUCUAGAGGGCCAGGAGAGAGGAAGAAAUACCAUGUGAUUUCAUACUUUGGUGGAGUAUUUUCACUGGCCCUCUCCCUGCACUAGAGAAGUAUCAUAGCAGAAUCGCUCAUGCCAGGGGGUGGGUGGGAUUACCUCUGGGAAUGUUGGGCGGGUGCGCGCGGUGGUGGCAGUGGUUUCAACGAAGGUUUCAAUCAUGUCGCGUUGCGUGCUUGUUUUGGUGCGGCGAGGUUACGUGUGUGGUGCUGGGAAAGGACGCCUGCUGUGUGUCUACCGUUUUUGCUUUUGAGGCUUUUCCGACACGACCGAAGGUGUUACAACUCUCGCCGUAGUCGCUGCCGCUCGCGCGCGCCCAGCCUCAAGUAGCACUCGCUCUCUCUGCCUUCCGUAGUUGUUGGUUCGUCUUACGAAAUGAUGGCAGUUCGAAUGACUCGAAACCGUAAGGUAAGCGUCGGGGGGGGGGGGGGAAGAAGGAGAUGAGCGAGUCCCCGUGUUGUUUUUUGUCCGUCUUGUGUCGUAUUUGUCGUGCUGUAAGGGCUGCUGUACGCUCGAUCUACAUACAUUCCAGUGUUGUUAAAUUCUCCCAAGUACGUGGAUUGUUUUUCCUCGGGUAGCCAUACGCAAGGGAGUGCAGCAUGUACGCCACGAAGUGUGGAGGGAGCGGGGUCAGUGUCGUGUGCCCUUAGGCGGUGGUUUUUAACGUAUGCCCGAUGUUUGCGUGUGGUUUUGGUGGUGGUUCUGUCGAUUCUUGUGACGUAAGGUCUUUGUAUUAUAGUAUAUUUUCUUUAUUUCUGUCUCCAAUGUCGCUCUUCAUGGGGGGUAAAAGAAAACGACAUCGUUGUCAUCCUUUUCACUGCCUACACCUGU